CAAAAUCCGUAAAAUCCUUUUCUAACCAAAAACCACUCCUUUUCGAUUCCUGGAAAAAGAACAAUUUUUCUUCUCUGAUUCGGCUAUUCCCAAAUGUGCAACAAUCAAGAUUCGAUUCUUCCAUUGAUUGAUACAAGAGGAAAAGGAGGGGAUUCAUCGAGGACUAAAUCCAUACAUCAUAUUCCGCAAGGUUGUCCAUUCUACCCUUCCAAAAAGGUGCUUUUUGAUUAUUAUCUCACCGGGAAAAACAACUCCGUCGCCCCCGAUCCCGUUGAUAUUUGCGGCUGCGAUUUGAUAAGAGAGGUUAAUUUGUACGAUUACGAACCGUUUGAUUUGCCUGAUGGCACUUGCUUUGUGCACGGAUAUCGGGGGAGGAAAAGGCACUGGUUUUGUUAUACGAAGAGUAAAGGAAGGGAGAAAAUGAGGAGAAGAGCAAAGGGAGGGUUUUGGAGGAGAAUAGGGAAAGAUAAGGAUGUGCUUGACGGUGGAAAUGUAGUGUUGGGAACUAAAGCUAAAUUUGUAUAUUAUGCGGUUAAUUCAGUUAAGGCAAAAGUCAGGACACCCUGGAUUAUGUAUGAAUAUGCCCUGCUUCAUCAUCUCAAGGCUUCUUUCGUCCUCUGCCGAGUAUUUGUUGAACCUCAUACGGGAAAUAAUGUUUCGGAGAAUCUUUUUAGUUGUUCCGCAGAAGAAAGUGAUUCAGCUUUUCGUCACAUUGGUGUUAGGCCCAAUGGAUUUCUCAGACCUUGCAUUCAUGAAGCUGAAAUCAAAGGUGGUGAAUUCACUAAAGAGCUAGCUACUUCAAUAGCAACUAAACCUGCUUCUCUUGCCAGUUUAGAGUUACCUUCAGGCAUCCCUCCAGACCUGCCCAAUGAUCUGAUGGGAUCUCGACUAACCGCCAAUGAAUUACAGUCAAUUGUAGAAGAAGAUUUCAUAGAAUUGGAAGAUCUGGUUUGAUGGGUUUUUGUGAUACACCAUAUGAAGAAAAUAGGAGCAGUUGCCUUCGGAAUAUGAAGAGAAUGGUUUAUAUAUAUAUAUAUAUAUAUAUAUUUGAGAACCUAAUAGGAAACAAGAAAAUUUUCAAAUAUGAAUAGAGAGAAAUCUAAUGGCAGAAUCACUCACCUCGUAAGGUUGCACUCAUGUGCCUAAUAUCAGGAAUAUCACUUCAGAAGAAUUUACGUUAUCAAGAAGCUUUACAUUACAGACGUAUAAAAUUAUCAGAUGAGUUUUUCCUUAAGCAGAAUUAUCAGACAAAUUUCGAGAUCA